AAAGCAGUCUUCAAGCAGUGCACACUACAUAGAUUAGACAGAAGUUGGCCAGGGACCAGUUUCAAGCUAUUAUUUCGUCAUAUACAUAAUCCAAAAUGUUGGCACAGUUGAGUUUGAUCAGAGAAGAGUCUGAAAGACCAGAAACAGAUUCACAGAAAAGCAAUGAUUUGGUUCUUAGGAGAACAAAUUCAAAUGCAUACAACCAAGAAGACAUUAUUAAUGAACUACACAGACAAAGUACAGCUGUACAUGACAAUGAUUCAUCGAAAGUGGAGGUUCCACUAAUUGAACCAACCUCAGAUGAGAGUGACGAUUCACCGAUCACUUUCAGAGCAAACCACUUAGGCAAUAACACUGUGGUAGACAUGGAACCAGGACAGAGAGAUAGUGAAAGAAUGUCAGGAUCAAGAUUGAACAGUAUUCCUCCGAAGGCAAUGAAGAAAAGGCUGAGUUUGCCCAAUUUUUCAGUUUUUCAGACCAGCCAGAUAUCAUUACAGAGCGUAGAGAGUCAAACAAAACUAGACAGGAGAGAUCUGGAGAUAUUUUCCCAAUUGGAUAAGCUGGAUGGAGAAAAGAAUGGAAAAAUUUCAAAGACACAUUUGAAAAAAUGGAUUUCCUCUUCAGUUCAAAAUCUGAACACAUUUUCAAAUCAAGGAAGGUCUGCUUUUUCAAGAGAGGCUCUGACUCGUCUACUGUCUGAAGUUGAUGAGAAUAAAGAUGGAUACAUCGACCAAGAAGAAUUUGUAAACAUCAUUCAAAGACAACAAAAUGAACCCAGGCCUGAGGUGUCGAGCCUUUUGCAGCACAUGAGACAAGCAGCUUUUGCUGAAGUUUACAGAUGGUGGCCUUUGCCAUGGGUUCUUCUUGGUAUCAGUUUGAUUCAAAUUGUACUUUUUUGUAUCCACGCAGUGCAUUUAACCAAAGAUCAUGGACUCAGCAUAACUUGGCAAGAUCCUGCACCGAGAUGUUCAAUGCUCAUCUAUAACCCAUACAGAAGAUGGGAACUGUGGAGGUAUUUCUCCUAUUCCUUAGUCCAUGCUGGAAUUGGACACAUACUUCUCAACAUUAUUAUGCAGCUUUUUGUAGGUCUGCCACUAGAGAUGUCACAUGGAAGUUUCAGGAUAUCAUUAGUGUACUUAGCAGGGGUUCUAGCAGGAUCUUUAGCAACCUCCACCUUUGACCCUGGAAUGUAUUUGGCUGGUGCUAGUGGUGGGGUCUACAGUCUCAUUGCAGCUCAUCUUGCCUCCCUUAUACUUAACUGGAAGGAAGAUGUUCUGGUCAUUCGUGAGAGAUUUCGAGAAGGAAGAAUUAGCCUAGCUAAGGGGGCAACUGUGUAUAGAUUAAUGAGGCUGUUAUCAGUUCUAGUAUACACAGUGUGUGAUACAGGGUUUGCUAUGUACAACCGAGAAAUGAAUGGUGGAAGCAACACAGGUUAUCUAGCACAUCUAGCUGGAGCAGGAGCAGGACUACUAGUUGGGAUAUGUGUACUGAAGAAUAGAAGACAGGAGAACUGGGAGAUUUAUCUACGAUUACUUAGUUUCCUCACAUUUUCCAUUUUGAUCACCCUUGGUAUUCUGUGGAAUAUGAAAGGCAAUGAAGUCUACCAGAAACAUUACAAUACUAAAUAUGUCUACUUUCUACCACCUGACCUAAGACCCCUUUAUGAAUGUGAUUACAGAGGUCAAGAAAUCAUUUAAAUCUGUGAUAUAUCAGUAAUGAUCAGGAACCAGCAGCUGCUGAACUUAUUUAAUUUAUGCCAAAAAUAUUAACUGUACGAUGUUCAUAGCUUUAAAUGUGUAACAAGUGGAAGUGUAUCUGUACCA